AUGGAGUUUGCCUCUAUCAACGGCCUGAAGUUAAGGAAACCAUUUCCGGAGUCAAGAAUAAAGAAUAAAAUUUUGGGGUUCCUUUCAAAUUGUUUCUCUAAUAACAGUACAUCUGCUACAAACACAUAUUCCGUGAAAGAAGAAAGUUGGAUUUUAGAUGAACCUACUACUUUUGCUCUGGAUUACCGAAAGUCGACAAAUUGGAUUUUCAAAGAUUGUAUCAUGAAAUAUUUCUUAACUGAUAAAGGGCGUAGCUUCCCUGAUACUAUGUUAGAGACUCCGUUUCACAAGCAGAUGUUAAGGGGCGAUUACUACACUUUACUUGUCUUAGGCCCAAACCUUUUUAAGGAACAAGCGUUUUAUUCUUGUGAUAUCGAAGAAGCAGGUAAAGAAUUAAUCAAAACUAAAUAUAAUUUUUCUGCCUCAGACUUCUGGAGGUUGCUCCAUGGUAUCCAUGAUUUUACCUAUGUUCAGUAUGAGGGCUAUUGCUAUAAGGAAUGUUGUAAGCUAUCUAAGACUCUCAGCAAACCAGACAAGAUGUUAUUUUUACCGCCCUCUCGAUAUUCUAGCAUUCCGCUUCAAGCCAUGUUUUAUGGGUUUUCUCCAGAGGACGCAAUAGUAUACAGGGAUUUGUUGAUCGUUUACAGAAUCCGAUCAAUACGACGUGGUCAUAAACCGACAAUAGACAACGUCUUGAAUGUCUUUUUCGAUCCACCAUAUGAAAUAUAUGUCAUCCCUUCCCCACAUGGGGACAAUUCGAGGGAAGAAUAUAUUGAAGUACAUCAUUGUGAAGACGUCACAGAUGAGGAACGUCAAGCUUACCAAGCUUACUUUAUGCUAAAAAUGAAAUACAUGAUGGGUGAUAAAUUGAAAUAUUCAACUUUUUCUGAACUACUUGAGGAUACAAAUCAUGCCUAUUCUGAGAGUGUAUAUCUAGAGGAGUCUAAUCAUUCCCAGUCGCACUGCUCACCUUUAUGUGAUGAACCAGCAAAAAUUGAAUUACUACAUCAUGCCUUCUAA